UAAUAUAUAAUUUCUAUCCAUCCCUCCGUUGAAGUAGCCUACAUCAGUCCGUUCAAACAUGCCUCCACAGCGCGGCAAGCUGUUCAUUAUUUCUGUCGGACGAUUUCUCCCCCUGCCCUGUAUCAGGGACUUGUGAAAGACAACCAAUCGGAGGCUGUGCCCUUUCCUUCAGCCUCCCUGACAUACACACAGAGAAGUGAUGCUGCCUACGCGAAAAAGCUAAACGCAAUUGAGGUACAGCCUUGAAGCUCUUUUGGAACUGCUGCAGUGAACGAAAGGAUACACUUCGCUCUCAUCUCACCAACUACCCCUUCGCUAUCGUAGGAUUUCUUUAACUGCAUAAGAACUCCGGUGGCAGAUACUGGCUGGACCUGGGCCCCAAUGACAGACUGACAGCCCGUGCUGCUACUGUGGACCUACACCCAGACCUGGAGGAGUGACCCAAUGAAGAAACUUCUGACUAAAGUCCACUGACCACUUCACACUAACACCCAGAGGGAGUAGAACAUCUAGCUGAGUGAAGCUGUAUUUGGAGCUAUUGGCCUGGCCAUGUUGAGAGGAAGAACUGUACUUCUCCUGCUGGUCCUCUGGGCAUACCUGUGUUCCCAUGGGGACGGACUGCGAGCCCUGAGGAGGACUACAGGGGGGAGGCGGGGUGGCGCAGGGGUGGGGUUGACGCUGAUGGGACAGGACGCUAAUGGAGUGCCUCUGAGACGCUCCAAACGAGGAUGGAUGUGGAACCAGUUCUUCCUGCUGGAGGAGUACACAGGGAUGGAUCACCAGUAUGUUGGCAAGCUCCACUCAGACGGGGACCGGGGUGACGGUAGCAUACGAUACGUCCUGACCGGUGAUGGAGCCGGUAGUCUGUUCAUCAUCGAUGAGAACUCUGGGGAUAUCCAUGCCACUAAGAGAUUGGACCGGGAGGAGAAGGCCUACUACACGCUCCGGGCCAAGGCUGUCAACAGAAUCACUAACACCUCUCUAGAGGGAGAGUCAGAGUUUAUCAUCAAGAUUCAUGACAUUAACGACAAUGAGCCCAAGUUUACCAAGAACCCUUACUUCACAGAGGUACCCGAGAUGUCCCCACUGGGCACGGUGGUGAUGCAGGUGACCGCUACAGACGCUGAUGACCCUACAUAUGGUAACAGUGCCAGGGUGGUCUACAGCAUCCUGCAAGGACAGCCAUACUUCUCUGUAGAGCCCAACACAGGUGUGAUCAAGACAGCCCUGCCUAACAUGGACAGGGAGACCAAGGAGAACUAUGUGGUUGUGAUCCAGGCUAAAGACAUGGCUGGACAGAUGGGUGGGUUAUCAGGGACCACCACAGUCAGCAUUACCCUCUCUGAUGUCAAUGACAACCCACCGCGCUUCCCAAAGAGUCUGUAUGAGUUCAAAGCUCCCGAGUCGACAGAACCGGGCUCGACAGUGGCCGUGCUGCGUGCUACGGACGCUGACAUCGGCAGGAACGCUGAGAUGAACUACCGAAUCACCAGCAGCGACGGCCCCUCCAUGUUCGACAUCUCAACCAAUAGGAGCACACAGGAUGGUGUCAUCACCCUCAGGAAGUCUCUGGACUUUGAGAGGAAGCGGUCCUACACUCUAAGGAUCCAGGUGGAGAACUCCAACCCUGACCCUCGGUUCCUGCGCUAUGCGGCGACCACGGACGGGGCGACGGUCAAACUGAUCGUGGAGGAUGUGGACGAGCCGCCCGUGUUCGACCGGGUCGGCUAUGUCAUGGAGGUCAAAGAAGACGUGGCAGUAGGCACAAUCAUCGGAUCAGUCAGCGCCACAGAUCCAGACAGCAGCCGCAGUCCCGUCAGGUACUCUAUUGACCGGCGUACAGACAUGGACAGGGUGCUCAACGUGCACCCAGGUAACGGCUCAGUGUUCAUUCUGAGGACUCUGGACAGAGAGGACAUUGCCUGGCACAAUGUCUCUGUUAUUGCCACUGAGUUCAACAACCCACGGCUGAUGAGUCGUGUACCAGUCUAUGUUAGAGUACUGGACGUUAAUGACAACGCUCCUACGUUCGCCACUUACUACGAGACAUUUGUCUGUGAAAACGCCAAGGCUAACCAGAGGAUUCAGACAGUAAGUGCUGCAGACGCUGACGAGCCUAUUGGUGGACACAGGUUCUUCUUUAGUCUAGCGCACGAGGCAUCUGUGAAAGCCAACUUCACCGUCAGAGACAAUAAAGACAACACGGCAGGUAUCCUGACCAGACGAAACAGCUACAGCCGGCUACAGAGGAGUAACUAUCUGGUUCCCGUGGUGAUCUCAGACAGCGACUUCCCCAUGCAGAGCAGCACCAACACCCUGACGGUGCACGUUUGUACCUGCGACCGCGAGGGGAACAUGCAGCUGUGUAACCAGGAAGCUCUGGUCCUCACCGCAGGCCUCAGCACUGGAGCCCUCAUGGCCAUCAUCUUCUGUGUCCUCAUACUGCUCAUGAUUGUGGUGCUGUUCGCUGCCCUGAGGAGGCAGCAGAGGAAGAAGGAGCCUCUGAUCAUCUCCAAAGAGGAUGUGAGAGACAAUGUUGUCAGCUACAACGAUGAAGGGGGCGGAGAGGAGGACACCCAGGCCUUUGAUAUCGGCACGCUGCGCAACCCAGAGGCCACAGAGGAGAGCAAACAGCGCAGGGACAUUAAGCCCGAGACCCUGCACCCUCCCAUCCGUCGGACUGUGAUCCUUCCCCCGGCCCACAGGGACAACGCGGACGUCAGGAACUUCAUAAACCAAAGGCUUCAGGAAAACGACCAGGACCCCACCGCACCGCCCUACGACUCCCUGGCCACCUACGCCUACGAAGGGAGCGGCUCGGUUGCUGAGUCCCUUAGCUCCCUGGGCUCCAUGACCAUAGAAGGAGACCAGGACUAUAACUACCUGAGCGAGUGGGGACCCAGGUUUAAGAAACUGGCAGACUUGUACGGGGGAGAGGACAGUGACAGCUGCAGGGAUUCCUAAUGAGAGAGAAGGAGCUCGUAAGAGGGGAGCUAAAGGAAAACAUACAACAAACAAACAAACACUUACACACUAGCUAAAGUGAACUUAACUCCUGGUACUUUGUGAAAGUGGAAAACAAUAGAACAAAACAAAGAGGACACAAACGGACACGAGGCAGUGUUUUACCGUCGUUGAUCACCGUUGAUGUUUGACCUCUCUGGAGGACUAGGAGGAAGAAGAUAAGCUAUCCUGUCAGUAUUUUAGUGGUCUUUCUCUUUCUCUGCUAGGCAGCAGGGGACUCCUGAGGAAAAGAGUUGUUGUACUUUACUCUGUACACCAGGCCCACAUACACAGUAUCUCUAUAUACAAAACAAACUUCUACUCUUUUCUUUUUCAAAAGCUUCCUGCAAAGGAGGGAGUAACAGCAAGCGGUUUUGUGGUGGACUUGAUAGACAGACAACGCCUACUCAUUUUUCAGUGUUUCUGGGACACAAAAAAGCUGCAUUUUGUGAGUUCUAUCGUAGCUUGUGUGUGCGUAUCUGUAAAUCGAUACAAUACAUUGUACAGUUAUGUUUUGUUUUCAGGCUUCUAGCUUCCCAUCCACCCUCUUAUAGCAAUGACUCUGUAUGUCACAAUGCUCUUUUGAGAUCACACAAGCCUUGCUGAGAGGCUGAAUGGUUUAUCUCUAUGGGUACACUCAAACUGUCCGCCAGUCACCCACUAUAGCAUAAUUGACUUGAAUUGGGACAACCGCUCUACUCAUUGUAUUUCUAUGGGUUGGAUGUCAGAAAACACACCUUUCUGACUGUCAAUACCUGAUCCACAUCUUCUUAUAGUUUUGCAUAUAUUCUGUCUCACAAAUGGCAUACUAUUUCAUAGUGCAUUACAUUUGUACUAAGGUACAUAAGUCUCUGGUCAAUGGUAGUGCACUAUCUAGGGAAUAGGGUGCCAUUUGUGACAAACUCAUACAGCCAUGACUGAAAUUACUGGCACCCUUGAUGAAGAUGAGAAAAAAGACUGAGCUGUAUGCUAAUUUAUGCUAAUUUUUAUUAUUAUACUAAUACAAUUGCUCAGAGAAAGAGAUUUUGUUUAACAAGGAAUACAUUGUUUUUUCCCCCAAAAAUAGUGGUCAAAACUAUUGCUCAGUACUCGGGUACCCGCCACUUGUGAGGAUAACAGCACUUAGCCUUUUGCUAAAAUGUUUUAUGAGAUUGUAGUACACAUUGGGAGGGAUCUUAGACCAUUCCUCAGUACCGAGUCUUUGCAUACAGAUUUGUUUUUAAUUAUUGUUGUAAAAAAUAGUUCUAUGAGCAAUUGUAUUAGUUUAAAAUAAUAUAAUUGUCAAAUGAAUUUAUCGUACAAUGUAGCUCAUUAUUUUUUUACUCAUAUUUAUCAAAUGAAGGUAAAAAAAAAUGUAAAAAUCAAGGAUGACGUUAAACAAAAAUCAAGGAUGCCAAUCAUUUUGAUCAUAAAUGAUAUUCUGUGUGGGGGUACCUGAAUCACCUGGACCAUGUAUCUGAAGAACUAAUGUCAAUAAUGCUUCACUUUUAAGGUAUCCUCUUUAAAAAGUGUUACUGUAAUACCUGUCAUAACAUCCUUGUUGACCGGCUGAAGAAGUAGGUGAGAAACUCUGGCGUUGACCUCGACUGAUUCAGGUCAUAUUUAUGUGGCAGACGUUUCCUGUGAGCAUGGGUGGUUCAGUAAUGUCCCCAGCAGCUGUUCACUAUUGUGUCCCUCAGGGGUCAAAUCUGGGCCACAUCCUUUUUUCUACCUGUCCCCUUGGUGACAGCAUCCACAAUAAUAACAAUUCAGUGUCACUGCUAGCCGGAUGACAUAGCUUUAUUUAACACAUCAGACCCAGUGACCAAGCUAGCAUAGAUACCCUUCACGAGUGUCUUGCUGACAUAAAAUGUUGGAUGACUGAACAUUUUCUCCAGCUCAAUGAUACAAAAAUCAGAGGAUGUUUUAUUUGGCCCCCCCAUCGAGAUUGUAAAUAACCUUGGUCAUUAGUCCACCAAUGUAAAGCCUACGGUCAGUAACCUUGUCCUCUUUGACCUUGACCUCGAGCAUGUAAAAACGGUAGUCCAGUCCUGCUUCGAUCACCUAAGAAAUAUUAUAGCUAAAGUCAAAGUCUUAUUUCAGUCACUGAUCUGGAGAAAGUUAUACGCGCUUUUUAUUCCUCAUGCCUCGAUUACUGUUACUCUUUUGUGUGCAUGUCUCAGUCAGAAAUCACUCCACUUGUCUACAGUUAGUUCAAAGUGCUGCAGCUCUUCUUUUAAACAGGCACCAGGACAUGUUACCACAUCACACCUAUUUUAGCUUCUCUACAAAGGCUACCAGUCACUUUUGGAGUAUAUUUCUAAAUUGUAUUAAUCACAUGUAAGGUUAGACUUGGUUUAGCCCCAUUCCAUAUCGCAGAUCUUUCAUCUCCCUACAAGCCAGGAUGCAGCCUGAGAUCCUCUGGCAGGGGCACCGCUGACCAUUCCAAAGUGUCGGUUGAAAACGAAAGAAGAGCAGGUAUUUGCCAUUAGGGCCCCUGGACUUUGGAAUGGUCCGCCAGAGGAUACCAGGCCUGCCGAUUCAGUGCCUCUUUUUAAAUCCCUGCUGAAGACACACUUUUAUAAAGAUACAUUGAAAUCAUACGUUAAAAGGUCAUUUCAUUUUGCUAUCAUUUGUCAUUUUCCUUCCUGUCUCUGUCCGUACUUUUUAUUUGAUUGUUUUAUGAAGUGAGGCACUUUUUACUUGUGUUAAAACGCGCUAUACAAAUAAAGUAGUUAUUAUUAUUAUGUAUUCCUAUUGGAAGACUGUCUAUAGACAUGAAAGCAUAGAGGGUUACAGUAGCAGUGUGUUGCUUAGUAUAAACGAAACAUGCAGUUCCCAUUAAACAUGAAUUCCUUACUUAGUGUCUUACUCUGUAUGCUGUUCUGUAUUUUAAAACAGUUUCCUUUUCCUUCAAACUAUAUAUUUGUGAAGUGCACACUGACAAAAAGGGCAUUCGCAGGCUUGACAUAUUGGGACGAUGUGGGGGAAAACGCUGCCUAUUAUUAAGGGGAAUGUGAUAUUUCAGUUGUGAGGAAGAGGGUCGACAUUGCCUUGGGAUUGUCCUUGACAUAAGAGGUAAAGGUCAAUACAAUAUUAGGAGCAUGAAAUGGUCUGACACUUACACAUGAAAUGGUCAUGAAAUGGUCUGACACUUACGUAUGAAAUGGUCAUGAAAUGGUCUGACACUUACGUAUGAAAUGGUCAUGAAAUGGUCUGACACUUACGUAUGAAAUGGUCAUGAAAUGGUCUGACACUUACGUAUGAAAUGGUCUGACACUUACGUAUGAAAUCGUCAUGAAAUGGUUUGCCAUCAUAAAAUGGUUUGACAUAUAUGUAGUAAGAAAAUAUAGCAAUUCAAAUGAUGCAAAGCACCCCCAAAUUGUCCAAGGCCACAAAAGACAAAUUAAACAGCAGUAGCAUUGCGAUAUUGCCCCCAAACAUUAUUUCUCUAUGAUUUAUGAACAAACAGCUUUGAUAUCGUUUAGCUGAUAAGAAGAAUGUAUGAGGGAGCACUCAGAGGGCAGCGGUACAUCAAGAGAAAAAAAGUACAGCGAUGCAUCCUAAAAGGCCCUUUAUUCCCGAUAGUCCACUAAUUUUGCCCAGGGCCCUGUUCAAAAGUAGUGUGCAAUAUAGGGAGUAGGCUGCCAUUUGGGAUUUAGCCUAGCUAAAACAAGCAGUGGCCACUCUCUACUAAAGGCCAACCUCAGGACGGAUUACAUUUAUCAGACAUUUCAAACAAAUAAUAUAACUGACGUAAUUGCCACGAUAACGAUUAUAUUUGUCUGCAGCAUUUACGAUUCACACAAAUCGGACUUGAUACUUUAUUUUUCAAAAAUAUUUUCCAAGUGCCCAUGGAUGUAAAAAAUCGUAUAAUUUGAUGAAAAUUGUGUGGUAGCUUAGACAGUACUCUAAGACAAGAACACACUUGUAAAAAAUGUAUACUACUAUAAUAUGCUCAAUAUUAUAAUGAGAAACUGUGUAAAAAAAUGUUUUUAAAAGACCAUUGAGCAACCACUGUGUAAGUGACUGUUUGAGAUUGUGGCAAAUGUGGCUUUGAUAAGCAGCAUUUAUUUGUGUUCCUAAACCCUUCACACUGAAAAACAACUGUUAAUCUUCUACUGCCCUGAGGGUUUGACAUCUAGUUUAUGUCAGAAGGAGAAAUGACAGCAGAAAACAGCAUUAUUGUUUUCCUUCUUUAAAGGGGCAAUCUGGGAUCGGUACAUCCAUUGUCUCUCUUUAAUACAGGGUGUCAGCAGCAUAAUUUCACUAUAAAUACAUGUUUGUGCAUUAACACCAUGCUCAGCUAAGGACACAAGAGUUAGCUGCCAGAUAUGGCUAGCCUACAGUAAAUUUUGGUCCAGGGUGUUAGUGCGGCCUGCGAACACCGAUGCUUCCAUUCACACCCUGGACCAGAGCUAGCCUACAGUAUACAGUACUGAUGUCUUCCUCAACUGUAGACAGUUGGCUAGCCUUAAGGUUGCCUUUAUAUUAUGUUGCUGACUAUGUUAUUGAGCAGUCUAUUGCUAUGUACCAAUUCUCCACCCUUCUCCUAAAUGGUGCACUUACACACUACCCGUCAUGGAUUUACAAGAAUGGAAAUGUUAAAUCCAUGCGAGAAGGUAGCAUCCUGUCUAGGGGCUGUACUUUUACACCAACCUGCCUCACGCUACAGAAAAAGGGGCUAGGCUCCGUUAUAGUAUGUGAAGUUGUUAAAAGGGGCCCGGUCAUGAAUCUAUCUGCUUUGUACAACAUGAUUUUCUACUGCAUAUUUACAUGAUCCAACAAUUAAAUUUCUUCAAAAUCAUG